GUUACCAAUAACGUGGUUUAUUUUAACGCUUUCUCUUCCUCUAUUUUUGCCGCGUUUGAGAUUUCAUUCCUUGCUCAUUUUUAAAGACGCCUCCUUUUUCAUAAUUAAUUUCAGUUGCGCAAUUCAUGCGCAACCUUAGUGCCCGCGAGCAGAGUGCGCACACCGGGCGGGCGGGACAUGUCUUCGCUGCUGUGAGAAGCGGGAGUCGGUGUGUAAAUAAACUGUUUAGAGAGGGGUGAAUAUGUAGCUGCCUGGUUAGUGGCUAUAGAUACUGGAACACCUUUGAAGAUGUCUGAUGUUUGCACUUCUGAGCCUGCUGGAGCCAUCAAGGCUAUCGACAAGCACUCUGUGCACCAGAUCUGCUCAGGACAAGUGGUCCUGAGUUUGGCCACUGCUGUGAAAGAGCUGGUGGAGAACAGCAUUGAUGCUGGAGCCACCAACAUAGAAGUCAAACUGAAGGAGUGUGGUGUGGAACAAGUAGAAGUGUCAGACAACGGUAAAGGUGUUGAAGAGGCUAACUUUGAAGGACUCACACUCAAGCAUCACACAUCAAAACUGAGAGACUUCUCCGAUCUAAUCCACGUGGAAACGUUUGGCUUCCGAGGUGAAGCCCUCAGCUCUUUGUGUGCCCUAAGUGACCUGAGUGUCAUCACAUGCCACGAGUCAAGCCAGGUAGGCACCAAGCUUGCGUUUGACCACAAAGGCCACUUGGUACAGCAGUCUCCUCAUCCCAGGCUGCAAGGCACCACAGUCACCCUACAGCAGCUCUUCUACACCCUGCCUGUUAGACACAAGGAGUUCCAACGCAACAUCAAGAAGGAGUAUGCCAAAAUGCUGCAUGUGCUGCAGGCCUACUGUAUCAUCUCUACAGGAGUACGACUCACCUGCUCCAACCAAAACGGGCAGGGGAAGAGGAGCACCGUCCUCAGUACCAGUGGCAGCCAGAGCUUCAGAGACAACAUCGGAGCCAUUUUUGGACCAAAACAGCUUCAGAGCCUCAUACCCUUUCAGCAAGUGUCUCCUACAGAGAAUAUUUUGGAGGAAUACGGGCUUAAGGACGCAGAUUUGCCCAAACAGCUGUUUCUAAUCUCAGGGUUUGUGUCCAGAGGCGACCACGGCGUUGGCCGGAGUGCCACAGACAGGCAGUUCUUUUUCAUCAACGGCCGACCGUGUGACCCCCCGAAGGUCACCAAGCUGGUGAAUGAAGUUUACCACACGUACAACAAGCAGCAGUAUCCAUUUGUAGCCUUGAACAUAGCCGUUGCCUCGGGGUGUGUGGAUGUGAACGUAACUCCAGACAAACGACAGAUCUUCCUGCAGGAGGAGAAACUUUUGCUGGCUGUUCUUAAAACUUCUCUCAUCACGAUGUAUGAAGCUGGAGUCAAUAAGCUCAGCCUGAAUGUUCAACCUGCAGCCAUUUCCUCAUCUGCACCUGAAGACAUUUUCAAGUCUGACAAAAGCAGAGCAGUUCCUGAAGAGAACGCCCAAACAGUGGGUCUGAGCCCAAAGUCACCCAUCAACCUGGCUGCCCUCAAAGCUGCGUUCUCUAAUCACACCAGCUCUGGGAACAAGGCGAGUAAGGAGAAGGCUCCCAGCGGUGGUACGACCCAGAAAACGUUGCAGAGUUUUUUUAAGGACUCUGUUAAACCCGCAUCUAUCCAAAGUAUGAAACCUCUUUCGAAACCAGCAGGAGAUACAAACAAAUGCCCCCCAGUGGGUAGGUCGGUGCUGGACGGGUUCAGGGACAGAGGGACGUCCUGUGGUGAGAAAGACUGUUCUGUGUCUAGUUGUGACCUUGCAACAUCAAGACCAGAGUAUGAACCAGUUACUGAUGGUGUAAGUGAAAAUGACGGAUCAACAUGCGACAGUCUGUCUGUUCCUGAAGAUCCAGAAUCGUAUUCGUCCAAAGAGGACUCCAUAAUCAGCCCUGAAGCCAAGCGGUCCAGGGCAGAGACUCAGCAUUUCACUGCAGAACAAAGAUCAGACAUGUUCUCACGCUGCUUUGAUGCUUUGUCGUCCACGGUGGACUCCCCAGUCUCCCUACAGAGGAGGACGGUCUGCUUGCAGUUCUCCCUGCAGGAGCUGGCAGCGAGCAUGAGGAGGCUGCAGGACCAGCAGAAGCAGAGAGCCGACGAGGAGUUGCAGUACAGACGCUUCAGGGCCAAGAUCAGCCCCGGGGAGAAUCAGAGCGCAGAGGACGAGCUCCGGAAAGAGAUCAGGAAAGACAUGUUUAAAGAAAUGGAGAUCAUCGGUCAGUUUAACCUGGGCUUCAUCAUCGCCAGGCUAGAGUCGGAUAUCUUCAUCAUCGACCAGCACGCCACAGAUGAGAAGUACAACUUUGAGAUGCUGCAGCAGCACACUGCGCUCCAGGGACAGAAGCUUAUUGCUCCACAGAAGCUCCAUCUUACUGCUGUCAGUGAGAAUGUGCUCAUAGAAAAUAUCGAGAUUUUCCAAAAGAACGGCUUUGAGUUCCUGAUUGAUGAAGACGCUCAGGUGAUGGAGAGAGUUAAAUUGGUCUCGUUGCCCACCAGUAAGAACUGGACCUUUGGCCCAGCUGACAUCGAAGAGCUGAUCUUCAUGUUGAGCGACAGCCCGGGGGUCAUGUGCCGCCCAUCUAGAGUCCGGCAGAUGUUUGCCUCCAGAGCUUGUCGAAAAUCUGUGAUGAUUGGCACCGCUCUGAGUGUUGGUGAGAUGAAGAAGCUCGUGGUUCACAUGGGGGAGAUCGAGCAUCCGUGGAACUGUCCUCACGGCAGACCCACUAUGAGACACCUGGCUAACCUGGACAUCAUCUCACCAGACUGAAGCUGCUACAGAAUCGAACAUUUCCCUGGCUGGACAUGUACAGCGUGUGCCUUCACUUUAGUUCACUUCUGUCACAUUCAGAGAACAUUUUAUUAUUCUUACAUGUUCUGAACUCACUGAUUUUGUUUUAAUGUCAGUUUUGAUCAUUUGGACGCAGAAUUUUUAGAACCAUGCAAUUUUUGUUCUGAUUUCUAAUAAAUGUGACCCACAAAAUCAGUGUGGUUCGAAUUAAUCUGAGACAGAAAAAUUGCAGAAUUUUGUAACACAUUUAGAAAAUAUCGGAUGUUAUGAAAAAUAAUGUUUUAUUUCUUUAAGAGCACUAGCAAGUAGGAUUUAUUUCCCAGUUGUGGAAGUUCUUACAUAAAAAAUGACUAAUAAUGCUUUGCAUUCAGAAUAAAUAUGGUGAUAAUGUUAAUUAUA